UCCGCCGUAAACUCGCCCGAGUCGCAAAACGAUGCGAACGCCUCAAACUCGCGAGUGUAUUUUUGUCCGACAGAGGGCGGUCGUGCAAGUUGGUGGCUGGCGACCGCCGUGAAAGGACACAGUCGAAGAAGACAAAGACGAGGAAACGCCAGACAAAAACAAGACGCUGACAUGCUACCUAGGGGUUGAAAAGACCCAAUUGACGGACGUUUAGAGAGAUGUCAUCUGAAGAGCAUGGGGAUGGUCAAAAGUGUCAACCUGCGGCCGCGACGCCUGCAAGAAUGACAGCGGGGAAAGGCGAUGAGAACCAGCACGCGGUCAGAUUGAGCGGCAGUACAAACACCAGUACAACUGCCAAAAACUUGGCUUUGCUUAAAAAGCACUCACUGGAUGUGAAGUUUGAUGUGGGCGAGGAGUACGAUGUCAUUGAAACCAUCGGCACCGGUGCCUACGGCGUCGUGUCAUCUGCCAGGAGACGAGAUAAUGGCCAACAGGUGGCGAUAAAGAAGAUCUCCAAUGCCUUUGAAGUGGUGACAAACGCCAAACGCACCUUGAGGGAACUGAAAAUUCUCAAGCACUUCAAGCAUGACAACAUCAUCGCCAUCAAAGACAUCCUGCAGCCUAACCUUCCUCACUCGGCCUUCAAGUCUGUGUAUGUGGUGCUGGACCUCAUGGAGAGCGACUUGCACCAGAUCAUCCACUCGGCCCAAGCGCUCACGCCGGAGCACACGCGCUACUUCCUGUACCAGCUUCUCCGCGGUCUUAAGUACGUGCACUCGGCCAACGUCAUCCACCGCGACCUCAAGCCCUCCAACUUGCUGGUGAAUGAGAACUGCGAGCUAAAAAUCGGCGACUUUGGCAUGGCCAGGGGUCUGAGCUCCCACCCCGAGGAAUCGCACUCCUUCAUGACAGAAUACGUGGCGACCCGAUGGUACCGAGCUCCCGAGCUGCUCCUGUCCCUGAAUCACUACACGUUGGCCAUCGACAUGUGGUCCGUGGGCUGCAUCUUUGCCGAAAUGUUGGGGCGUAAGCAGCUUUUUCCCGGCAAGCACUACGUCCACCAGCUGCAGCUCAUCUUGUCUGUACUGGGCACCCCUCCCAAGGGACUAAUUGGUGCCAUUAGAGCCGACAGGGUGCGCUCCUAUGUUCAGAGUCUUCCGUCCCAAUCGGCAGUGCCCUUAGCCAAACUGUAUCCCCGAGCCGAGCCGGGGGCUUUGGACCUGCUCGCGUCCAUGCUCCGCUUUGACCCGCGUGAGCGAAUCGGUGUGACUCAAGCACUGGAACAUGCGUACCUGGCCAAGUACCACGAUCCCGACGACGAGCCCAUCUGCGUGCCGGCGUUUGACUUUGAAUUUGACAAGCUUCCCAUGAGCAAGGAGCAGAUCAAAGAGGAAAUUCUCAUGGAGAUCCAGGACUUUCAUCGGAACAAGCAGGGCUCACGUCAGAGGCUUCAGUUCAGGCCCUUGGCGAAGGCCAACGGCGGCGACAGAGGAGCCGCGACGCCAAGCGGCCAGCGCGUCGCUCGGGUUUCCUCGACCGGUCCGAGCGAAUCCACGCAGGUUCCCGGCGAACACAACCAGAAAACCUCACAAACGAGAGACACCGAGUCGACGUGGCGACGAGGGCCAGCCGAGGUGAACCAGACGUUCACCAAUCGAAUGGACACGUGUGGCAAGGAUGCCGUCAAUUUGCCUCGCCUGACAAAAAGCGAAAGCGGCCCGGUCGACGUGGACAUGCCCAGCGCCAACUCGGACAGCGGCCAGCCAGAGACCAUCGAUCUAACCACACCCGUGUCCGGUCACGACGCUGAACCAAUGCGGGGCGGUGAAGGGCAGGAAGGCCGGCCUUCGUCCUCCGUGACACCUCAAGGCAGUACCGUGCCUUCCCUUUCGCUGUCAGCUGCCCAAGCGCAGGCGCUGUCUCACAGCCUCUCGCAGUCCCUGGCAACAAACCAGAAGGCGGCCCACGGUGCCUCCGAGGGGCCCAGGAAAGAUGGGGCCAUAUCAGAAGACACCAAAGCAGCUCUGAAAGCAGCUUUAUUCCGAAAUAAAGCCAGGGGCGAUGGAGUUGUCGCUGCACUAGGGACAGAGGUGGCCGCCGGAGGAGGAGGAACAUCGUCGGCCGUCUCCACUCCAGAGUCGCGACGCCCCGUCACUGCUCAGGAGCGCCAGCGAGAGCGUGAGGAGAAGAGGAGGAAGAGGCAGGAACGAGCCAGAGAGAGGGAGAAGAAACUGAAGGAGAAGGAGAAGCGAGAGGGGAGGCGCGGGGACUCGCUGGGCGGGGUCCUGCUGAGUGACAACGACAAGAGCCUCUUGCAGCGCUGGACAAAGAUGAUGGACAGCCGCAAUGACAAAUCCCACACGUCUAACAGCGAGGGAGGGAGGACUCGAGACUUUAAUGUGACCGCCGCUACGGGUGACAACACUCAAGGCUCAACCAAUAACACACCUGAAAAGGAAACAAAGUUUCCAUCUCACGGGCAGCUGAUCUCUCAAGUCCGAGCCAGUCCGCCCGGUUUGCUCCAGCCUCCCGGCAAAAGCCAACAGUUGCUCUUCUCGAUGAGUCAGAAGAAACCGGCAGAUAUUGUCCUCGCCGUAAACGGCUGCGUGGACCUGAUGGCCGUCUCUGGAACUUUUGUGAAGAACAACACGCUCAAAGCUCAAGACGAGAGCGGCGGCCCGAGCGGGUUCAACUGCUUCGAUAAUUGGAGCGGACAGCAAUUAGAGAGCAGGCCAUCACAACAUGCAAAAUCGCACAAGACGCCGCCACAUCCGCAGCAGAACUUUCUCCCGACACAAAGUCAAGCUUUGGCCGACUCUCGGACGCAGCUGCUCCCACUGGAGACUUUUUUAACCCAAGGCCCGACCACACUAAGCACCAGCCAAGCCAACGGGGAAAUCGGCGGCCACCAUCACCUCAACCAUCACGUCACGCCCUCGGCCGCUAAGGCCGGGCCCGUGGAGAAGCCGUGUUCCGCCGGCGGGGGCAGAUUAGGGCCGCAGGCCACAAACUCCCUCUGCGAGGCCUUAGGACUCCCCUCGCGGGUUCAUCCCAGUUUGGUGUUCACAGAUCCAGGAGAGCAGGGCCCCCCCAUCGCCCCCGACAUCCACACAGUAACGCUCCAGCUCUCCAAGUCUCAGGUUGAGGACGUGUUGCCCCCGGUGUUCUCCGUCACCCCCAAAGGCAGCGGGGCGGGCUAUGGCGUGGGCUUCGACCUGGACGAUCUUCUCACGCAGUCGCUCACAGAGCUGCAACACUGCGACCGAGACAGUUACGACUCGGCCCCGCUCUCGGCCUCGCUCUUAUCCGAUUGGAGCGAAGUUCACCGAAUGACUCCGGCCGACCUGGAAUCACUGCAACAGGAGCUCCAGCUCGGGUCUCCCAUGAUCCUCACGGAUUCCAUUCCACCCGACACCUGACUGAGUGCGCGCGCUUGUCUCAAUGUCCAAAUCGGUAAUUUCUGACUGAAUUAAUUUAAGAGUCGCCUCAGUUUUUGGAACUGCAUCUUCUUUUUACAUCGGUCUCUUUGACCUAACAACACAAAAUCAACUGCCAGCCUGUGAAUGUUAAUGAUUAAAA